AUGUCGGCCCUCCGCGCUGGCAUGGCCGCCAGGCCUGCAGUUCGAGCUGCUUCUCGAGCUACCGCUCUCCGCACUUUCGCUACCUCUCGAAACAUGCGAAUGGCUGCUGUCUCGGAGAAUGCUUUCUUCGCUGGCGAGCCCGAAGCUCCCUCGGUCAAGACAGCCAUCCCUGGCCCCAAAACCAAGAGCCACAUGGAUGAGCUCACAAAGGUCUUCGACACCCGCAGCGCAAACAUGAUGGCCGAUUACACCAAGAGCCAAGGCAACUACAUCGUUGACCCUGAUGGCAACGUUCUCCUCGACGUCUUCGCUCAGAUUGCUUCCAUUGCCGUCGGCUACAACAACCCUGCUCUCAUCAAGGCUGCUUCCAGCCCCGAGAUGAUCAACUCCAUCGUGAACCGACCUGCUCUCGGAGCUUUCCCCUCUCACGACUGGGCCGAUCUUCUCAAGUCAAGUCUCCUUAGUGUUGCUCCCAAGGGCUUGGACAACGUCUUCACUGCCAUGGCUGGUUCCGAUGCCAACGAGACUGCCUACAAAGCUGCUUUCAUGUGGCGCCGACAGCAGGAGCGAGGUGGUCCCGAUGUCGACUUUAGCCCCAAGGAGCUCGACAGUGCCAUGAACAACCAGUCUCCCGGUAGCCCCGACCUCUCUAUCCUUUCCUUCAAGACCGGUUUCCACGGCCGUCUCUUUGGAUCGCUUUCCACAACCCGAUCCAAGGCAAUUCACAAGAUCGAUAUCCCUGCCUUCGACUGGCCUCAGGCUACCUUCCCCAAGCUCAAGUAUCCUCUCGAGGAGAAUGUUGAGGAGAACAAAAAAAUCGAGCAGGCUAGUCUCGACGAGGUUGAGCACCUCAUUAAGAGCUGGCACCACCCUCCCUGCGCCGUCGUUGUCGAGCCCGUCCAGAGUGAGGGCGGUGAUAAUCACGCCUCGCCAGACUUUUUCCGCAAGCUGCGCACCCUGACUAAGAAGCACAACAUUCUCCUUAUUGUGGACGAGGUCCAGACUGGCAUCGGCGCUACCGGCAAGUUCUGGGCUCACGAGCACUGGAACCUCGACACUCCCCCUGAUAUUGUGACCUUCUCCAAGAAGGCUCAAGCUGCCGGUUUCUACUAUGCCGACCCUGCCAUCCGUCCAAACAAGCCUUACCGCCAGUUCAACACAUGGAUGGGUGACCCUGCUCGUGCUAUCCUCUUCAAGGCUAUCGUCGACGAGAUUAAGAAGAACGACCUCGUCAACCACACCGCAAAGGUUGGUGACCAGCUUUUCAAGGACCUUGAGAGCCUUAGCAAGAAGUACCCUGGCCAGAUUGAGAACCUCCGUGGCAAGGGCCAAGGAACCUUUAUUGCCUUUGACAGCCCCAAGCGUGAUAAGUUCCUGGCUGAGGCCAAGACUCUGGGUGUGAACAUUGGUGGUAGCGGUGCUGACGCCGUCCGUCUACGACCUAUGCUCAUCUUCCAGCAGAAGCAUGCUGACAUUCUUCUCGACGCCGUUGAGAAGAUUGUUAAGAAGUAA